ACAAUUCUGGGACUGUUGGAGGGGCCUGCUCAAAAGUGGGCUACCUCUACCUCCAGCGGGCUGCAGAAAUCCAUGGAGGAUUGGGCUUUGGGAAUGGGGGUGGACAGUCUUCUGCAGGCUCUGGAAGACCGCUUUGCAGACAAGGAGCGGGCCCGCAAAGCUGCUGACAGGAUUGCUCGCCUGGGGCAGCAGCGCUACAACGGUUCCCUGCAAUCGUUGUUUGCAGAGUUCGAGCAGCUAACUUCCACCCCUGGUUUGGUCAUGUCUGCAGAUAACCUACUGACCAACUUCUGCAGGGCCGCCCCUGAGAAGUUUUAUGUUGCUUUGUACAACGCUGGGCACAAGGAUUGGAGAUCCUUUGGCCGCGCAACCCUGGACAUGGAAGCCAAACUUCAUGUUCAGGCCCCCUCCUCUAACAGGAGGAAAGGUGCCUUCCCUCGUGGUGGUAGAAAGGGAAAGGCAGACUUUGCGGAUGCAGGGUCUGCAUCAGCUUCUGUUUCAGACUCCCAGGCUGAUACACCAUCAGCUGGGACUGGAUCAGCUGCUGAAAUUCUUCAGCAAGAUGAUGGGAAUGGUCUACGACCAGUAGAGUUUAUGAGUAAGAUGAUCAAGACUCAAAAGCUUCAGGACUCUACCUACGAGAAAGAGUUGUAUGCUCUUGUCUGUGCCGUACAUGGAUACCCAGCAAGGGGGAGGGUAUUCCUCAUGAAUGUGACCUUCGUAAACUUCCCACAAAGGAGGAACCCAUGUGGAGUGUUCCAUGCAGCAUUUGCCACAUCACCAGUGUCACCAGACGCAACUCCUUACCACGAAUGGACUGGCAUCCGGUAUUCAAAUGUUGCAGAGGAGAGCAAGGUAUUCCUGAAUCCUCCAGACCCUGGUUGGAGAGUUGUUGACGAUUGUGGAGACAUGGACUGUGAUGGACUUCUCCAGAUUCUUAUACGUGAUGCUGAUGGUUCGGUGACUGGCAUGCCUGGUGGGCUGAUCCUCGGCAGUGAUAUAGAAGCUCGAAGCAGCAGUGAGAAACAGGGAGUGAUGGUCAAUGUCAGUGAUUGCAACUUCAAGAGGGAUUGGGCUGCGCACGUGUGCAAGCCACAGCAAUACACUCCGUUUGUUAUAGAGAGUCGUGAUGCUGACACAGAAGACAGGCGAUUUGCACCAGUGAAGCUGGCGAUGGGCAAUAUUGUGAACGUACUUAAUGGUCCUAUGGACCAUGGCUGGUGUGAGAGCUACACAUGCCUUAAGCGGGUUUCAACAUUCUUCACAUCAGUAAUUACCGGCAGAACCUACAGACUGAACACCACAGGCACCCCACCAAAAGUAAUGCGAUUCACAAUGAGCUAUGGAAAAGCUGGGGAGGAAAUCCUUCUCAGUAUACGAUAUUUUGAUCCGGACCUGCGCUUUGCUUGGGUUCAAGGUCGAGGCCGUUUGACUGCCCGCACAGAAAUAGAAGGCCCUCCUUCGUUGGGAAGAAACCAUGCACAUGGAACAUUUUAUUGGGAUGAAGGCAACAGAACAUUCCAUGUCAUAUUGCGAGGCGGUGGAGAGAACUGGGGCGUAGAAGUCCGUACAGAACCAUAUGUAAAGAUAGGUGCACGAGUCUUCAUGGAUCCAGACACAUUCUGGAAGCAAGAGGUGACAAAUUUCAUACAGAGCCUGGCUCGGAUUCUAAAAGUUGAUGCCAGUCGGAUAAAAGUUGUCAAGCCAACAGCUGCUCAGAGGCGCAGAAACCUACUAGAAAGCAGUAAGAUGAAGGAUAUCAGUCCUGGCAGUAACGUAACAGUUUCAAGCGCGGCGGCUCCAAUUGACUUAGAUAUCAUCGUCCGGCCCACAUUUGAAGAAACAAACCAGCCAUUGGCUGACCCAGUAUUGCAUCCAAUUGUCGAUCCACCACCGCCUCCUGCCCCACCACCUCCUCCUCUGACUGCUGAAGAGUUAGAGGAUCCCUCCGUUUCGUUUCUCAAUACACAGACAACCAGCAUCUCUGUCAGUCCACCUCCUCCCCCUCCGACCAGGCCCCAAGGUGUGCCUCCCUCAAUGGCGCCACAGGCAGAAGCAUCCAGCCCUGCCGCAGCACCAGAAGGACUUGUUACCCUCAUGGCGAUUGCUCAGAAGUUUGCAGCCAUAGUUGCCGAUGGGUCACUGGCAGCUGAAACCAACAUGACACUAGAAGUCACGCGCUUGGAGCUGAGCUCGCACGACAGGGACUGUAUGCGUAUUGUACUAUUGUUGGAUUGUUCUACCCCUGUUCCCACUCUUCCUACCUCCCCGUACUCUGUGACCACCGGGACCUCUCAAGUACCGCAUCAGUUCACACUGAUGUCGAUGGAACAGGACACCGCGGCACUGCCACGACGCAGUGCUAGGCUUGCAGUUCGUGCCCGACCUGUGGUACCUCCAAGACCCAAGCAACGACUCAGCAAGCGGAAGACUCCAGCAGCAUCAAGUACAGCAAUGACAGUACCGGUUAGCACCGGGGUUCUUCCCGCAUGCCCGGUCCAAGGGGCCGGUGAGCCGUUGGCGGCUUACCUUCAGCGGGUACAGGCAUUCACAGAUGCCGUAGCUACUGCAAAGGCACAGGAGGAGGCAGCAGAGGCGGAACCAGCGCCAGGCUGCACGACGGACGCGACGAAACAGCUCAACGAGCGCAUCGAUCACGUCGUCAAUAUCAUCGGCGAUAUAGGCGAUUUCACUAGCCCGGCCACAAUCAGCAGCACGGUGGCCGCCAUCAAGAUGGACAUCACCAAGCUGCAGACGAGACCGGACGCCGCUACGAAGACUUACAAGAUGCCGCACUUCGACAUCAGCAAGUUCGACGACUUCAACAAGUCGGACGCCUUGACAUGGUGGCAACGUUUCCUCACGGAAGCAUCAUGCCGCACUGUCCCGACGGACGACAUGAUGAAGGCGCUCUACUUACAACUGAUCGGCGGAGCGCAGGCAUGGAUGAAUCAUCUCGCGGCUACCAAGAAAUGCACCAUCGCUGAACUCCACACGCACAUUCCGUGGACGGAGUUCGAGAAGCUAUGGCUCACCUGGUUCAUGGUUCACAACGUCGUGAAGGCAGCUAUGAACGAGGUGUACACCUUCUCUCAAGGUAGUAUGCCAACUCGAGACUGGACAACUAAGUGGAUCAUGCACUCCGAUUUGAGUUUUACCAUGCCAGGCUUCGAUUUGAGUUUUACCACGCCAGGCUUCGAUUUGAGUUUUACCAAUCAGCGAUCCGAGUUCUUCUCGCGAUCAUGCGCAGGACAUCGGUCGGCACUCGGCAACGAGUACGAUUAUGAUUCGUUCCAGGCCAUUCUGGAUCGGGCGAACUUAGUCAUCCAAACGGAUGACAAGGUCGCAAACGAACAACAGUCCCAGCCGCAUUAUGUGGCUAAGCAGGGCUAUCAACGACCGACACACAACAAUGCCAUAAUUUAUAAAGAAACAGACGAUCUCCACGCUGCAGCAGCAUCCUCGAGUGAUGGAGGAAUUGUAGCAGCGCUCCCGCCGAAGCGUCCCAAGAGAGUUCGGAAGAACAAGGUGACACAAGAGACGACAUCGACGGGAACUGGGCCGCAGCCAUGGACGGCUUACAAGAUAACCAAGGAUGUCUAUGACCUUCGUCAAAAGUGCGGAUACUGCCUUUGGUGCAACGGCGUCAUGCAUUUGACCGCACAAUGCCCCGAAAAGGGCAAGACACGCCUGGUACCACCACUAGGCCAGUCGAGCCACGUGCACUUAGAUUGCGUAUGCGCAGCCUGUACACCGUCGGCAAGUAAUCCGGUCAGUUCGCCACUGAUUUUCGAGGACUCGACGGCGUGGUCAAGACUUGAAAAGCUUGACCCGCUCACGAGAGAGGACUUCGCUUGGAUGCCUCUACCCUCGACCGAAACCUUGCCAAGGCCGCAUUGCAACGCCUUGAUGGCAAAUCUACGCUCCUAUUUGCACACUAUAGUACCAGCUCCGUUGACGGACGACGGGGUAGCGGUUGUCGAUCUCCACUCCUAUCUUGCGAAGAUUGACCGCGAGUAUGCCACCCAAAGGUACGCCGAAACCGACGCUCCUUUGCUCUAUAUCCGCAUUCAAAUCGGAAAGGCAACCUGUAGUGCCUUGAUUGACUGCGGAGUGUCUCGCAACUUUAUGAGCCAAGCCUUUAUGGCCCGCGCAGGUCUUGGCCCGCACGUUCGAAGGAAGACGCAACCUACGCAAGUCACACUCGCGGACGGCCGCACGCAAAAGUCAAUUGACCGAUGCGUCGACGACGUUCCGGUAUACUUUGCGCCACUUGCGUGCGAGCCGGUGUCUUUUGACAUCCUCGACACCAAGUUCAACAUGAUUCUAGGCAUGUCUUGGUUGCGUAGCGUCGAUCAUCCGGUGAACUUUCAUGACCGAACCGUUCACACCCGUGAUCGGAACGGAGUGUUAGUCCCAUGUACGGUCGCGACCCCUCACACUUUGAUUGCUUGUCACGUGGUUUCCGUUGCGAGAAUUCGCGACGCCAUAGCUCGGAAUGACGUCGAGGAGAUGGGCCUUGUAUUCUUGCAUGCUCUCCCGUCGCUGGACGGACCAGCCACGUCACCACCGGACCCACGCAUUUCUCACCUCUUGGACGAGUAUAGAGACGUCUUCGAGGCUCCCACCGGAACGGUUCCGGAUCGGCCCAUACGUCACGGGAUCACUCUCGAGGCUGGCGCCGUCCCUCCUAGUGGAUGUAUCUACCGCAUGAGCGAAGAGGAACUCGAAGUGCUUCGCGCACAACUCGAUGAUCUUCUCGACAAGGGCUGGAUUCGCACUAGUUGCUCGCCAUACGGUGCACCUACUCUCUUCGUCCGGAAGAAGAACAAAGAUCUACGGUUAUGCAUCGACUAUCGCAAACUUAACGCACAAACCGUAAAGAACGCCGGCCCUCUCCCUCGGAUUGAUGAUCUCCUUGAGCGGUUAGGCGGCGCGACGUACUUCUCGAAGUUGGACUUGAAGUCAGGUUACCACCAGAUUGAAAUCCAGCCUCAAGAUCGGUACAAGACCGCGUUCAAGACGUGGUACGGGCAUUUUGAGCCCCCAACUUUUCAAGCAGCUAUGACGACUGAGUUCCGCGACUUGCUCGAUCGCAGCGUCCUCAUCUACCUCGAUGACAUCUUGGUCUAUAGCAGGACGUUGGACGAGCACAUCACACACCUUCGUGCUGUUUUGAAUCGUUUGCGACUGGCCAAGUACAAAGCGAACCGCGACAAGUGCGMGUUCGCCAAGCAAGAGCUUGAGUAUUUGGGCCACUAUGUUACACCGAAAGGCAUUCGUCCCUUAGCGGACAAGAUCCAAGCCAUCGUGGAUUGGCCGGAACCCCGUUGUACGACAGAUGUAUGCUCGUUCAUGGGUUUGGCUGGAUACUAUCAGCGAUUCGUCGAGUCAUACUCGAAAGUGGUCGCUCCUUUGUCGCGACUUCAGUCCCUGAAGGUGCCUUUCGAGUUCGACGACGCAGCCCGUGGCGCGUUCACUACGUUGAAGGCAGCAAUGCAAGCCGCACCUGCCCUCCGUAUAUAUGACCCCACCCUACCCACCCAAGUGACUACGGACGCUUCGGGAUACAGUAUUGGUGCGGUGUUGGAACAGUGUCACGAGGACGGUUGGCAUCCGGUCGAGUAUUUCUCCCAAAAGGUGCCUCUCGUCAACACUCUUGACGACGCUAGGAAGAAAGAGUUACUCGCGUUCGUCACCGUUCUCAAAUGGUGGCGCCACUUUCUUCUCAGCCGUCGGCGUUUUAAAUGGAAUACGGACAACAAUCCGUUGACCUUUUACAAAACGCAACCCGCCAAUCGAGUUGCGGACGCCCUCUCACGAUGGUCCGACUUUUGUGCCAUUGUGACCACGGCAUUCGACCUCGAUGACGAUCUGCAGCCGCAUUUCGUCAAAGGCUACAAGUCCGAUCCGACUUACUCUACGCUAUAUGCAGAGCUCUCAUCGGAUCACCCGAGCCACUAUUGGAUUUCCGACGGGUUCCUUCUCCUUCACAUGAGAGGAAAGGACUUGUUAGUUGUGCCCCAAGAUCGCAUCUUACGGACUUUUUGCCACCGUAAUAAGGGUCGAUCUCGAGUCCCCUUCGGCAAACUGAAACCGUUGCCGAUUCCUCGGGCACCGCGCCUCUCCAUUGCUAUGGACGUGACAGGCCCGUUCCCCUGCGAUCGCCACGGCCAUGACGGUAUUCUCACGGUCGUUGACCGUUUGAGCAAGUACGCUCGCUUUCUUCCUUGCAAGUAUCAUGCUGCAGCGCCGGAGCUCGCACGACUCUUGCACACCGGUUGGAUUACCAACCAGGGUGUUCCGGAAGACAGUGUGAGCGACCGAGAUACUCGCUUCACGUCAACCUUUUGGACUUCCCUCAUGGCCGAGUCCGACACGACAAUGAAGCCGAGCUCGGCUCGGCACACGCAGACGGAUGGCCAGACGGAGCGAGCGCACCAGACCGCUCAGAUGAUGUUGCGUACGCUCAUCUGUCCCGACCAAAAAGAUUGGGUUGAUCGGCUUCCCGACAUCGAGUUCGCCUAUAACACUUCGGUGCACCCGGCGAUCUGCGUCGCACCAUUCGAGCUACAUCAUGGUGGAGAGAAAACACGGAUCUUCGCUGAUCUCCUUUUGCCACAGGCUGCCAACAUAGACGUCCCUUGCUCUCCCGCUUCCGUUCGGAAGUACCGGGACUUGCUGAUCAAAGCCCGCGCGAAUAUGCAAAAGGCUCAAAUGCGCAUGCAACAGCAAGCUAACCGACGUCGACUUUCGUGUCCUUUCCACGAGGGAGACCUUGUUUGGGUCCUCUCCGAGGAAUUUGCGCUCGAGCAGGACGUUUCGCGCAAACUCCUUCCGAAAUGGUUCGGACCAUGGGAAGUCACUUCUGCCGUUGGAAACGMCCCCGCCGGUCCUUCCUUCGUGAUCAGCAUUCCACCGCACCUUACAGUGCAUAGGGUCUUCCACGCAUCGAAGCUGGCCAUCUACACGCCACCUUCAGUUGACGAGUUUCCCGGACGUCGAUCACAGGAUCCGCCUUCCAUGGACGGACAUCAGGAAGUGGACCGAGUCAUCACGCACCGCAAGUAUGGCAACAAGCCAAUGCAGUACAAAGUCACAUUCAAGCAAUGUGCGCCUGACGACACGGUGGAUCUCUAAGUAGUGGAAAUCAAGGUCUCUACCAAGAACUCCCUGAUCUGUUUUCGAUGUAGGGAGCGGGGGCAUAUGGGAACAGACCCCAAUUGUCCCAAGUUUCCAAAACAGCCAAGAGAACGCAAACUCCUUCCCAACAUGCUGGUGGAAGUGGAGGACGCUCCAGGAAUCGAGUUAAUCACGGACAACAACUAUGAUGGAUGGGUCUUUGAUGACAACCUGGAGGAACCAGAUUGGGUCUGGCAUUACGGUGAUCUGGAACCCGCAGUCAAGAAACCGAACAUCUUCCCUCCAUCAGAUAGCAGAUGGAAAAAGAAAGCAACUGGGAAAGUGUCAGGCAACCCAACGAGGAUAAACACCGGUCCUCUUAUCGACUCCCGGGUGAUUAAGGAAGAGAAGGAUCGGGAAGACUUACUAUGGGACUUGGAUGCAGUCAGGGAACAAGCCAUGCAGAAAUUCAACACGGAACCAACCAGCUUCCGAAGCAGGCUAAAAAAUAUGGAACAAGCAGCGCUCCGGAAGACCGGAACACAAAUAGAUAACAAGCGGACGCUGAACAAUGAGGGGGGGCAAGAGACCACGGAGGGUGGCCUCAAGAGGAGGAAGGCAAUGGAUGCAGAGGGGAGAGAGGGAAGCAUAAACAUGUCCACUGGAAAGAACAAAGAAUGCAAGACAGGGGACUCACGGGAUAGUGGAUCGGACAAUAUGGCAAACGAAAACCACGUCAGCAGACCACAUCAGCGGACCACAUCAGCAGGCCACGUCAACAGGGAGUGCCACGUCAGCCACCCGGGCCUGUUUAUGCUGACGCGCUCGCAGACAGCCGUCAUGGACCAGAAAUCGGGGGAAACGGCGGAGGCAUAUCAGGACCGCAUGCUGGCUUUGAGCAUAGAAGCCAAGCAGCGGGCGGAUGCAGUAGCAGUCGCAGAGAAGAAGAAGGCGGAGGAUGCCGAGCAGGCACGACUGCUAGCUUUUGAACAGCAGCGUCUGCAGGCCGAGGCAGCAGCGAAGGCUGCAGAUGAAGAACGAUUGAAGCGGCGUGAGAAGAUUUUCAGCGGGGAGCAAGCAUUACUCACAUUGGUAGCGGAAUGGCGAACUGAGGCGGAGACAGGGAAGAUGGAGGAGAGCGAGACCAAGAUUGCCCUCCUCCUCUCCCAUCUCACGGACCUCCUGGCGACAUGCAUCGUGCAGCAGGAGGACAUUCACAGCCUCGAUGCCGAAGUCAAGAGUGUUCGCAGCCGCGUACAGCAGCUGGCGCAACGACCAGCCGCCGCCCCUGUGGCAAGCUCCUCCAACACAUCAGACCGCCUGGACGCAUUGGAGACUGACGUCAGCACACUCAAGGACGGCGCACGACUACAACAAACCGCUACUCAACAAUUGGAGCAGCGGGUCUGUGUUGCCGCCGCCAGCCCGAGUUCGGGACAGCGCGAGUCAACUCCCAAGUUUGACGGUCAGGAGAUCUUCUGCGAUUCAACAAAGACGGAUCCAGUUCAGUGGUUCCGCAAGUUUGAACUCACGUUGCAGCUGCACCUCCUAGGAAGACCUCAAGGCGGCGUGGCACAAGCGGUUCCAAGGGGAGCCGCCGGAGAUCAAGGCCAUGGACAAGCUCAUGACCUUCGAGCAAGGCUCGCUGCCAAGCGUCGACUGGAUUGCCGAGUACCAACGCUUGACAUCCGUCCCAGGUCUCCCGAUGGCUUCAAAGCCAUUAAGCACUACUUCAUUUCGAGGUCGUGUCCGGCGUUGAGCAACGCCUUGACGCAUGUCGAGGACACACUGACAACGACGGCGCAACUGUUCGACAAGGCCGCAGAGAUUAUCAUCACGAACAAGGAGGCGAAGAACCUCACUCGUGCUUCGGUAGGCCCGAGCAAGGACCAGCAUCGGCCCAAGGUGGCCGUGGUUGCGGCGGCAUCGCCAAGCAGCCAGUCUAGCGAGGCGGAGUCUGCCAAUGAAGGAGACAGAAUCGCAGCUGCCCGGGAUGGACAAGACGUGUGUGCGGCAUCUUCUCCAUCCGGCAGCGGUUCUUCUUCGUCUUCAAGUGGUUCUUCACGGGAUUCGGCGCGCGAGUUCAACAUAGAGGAAUUGAACCCGCUCACGUCUGAGGAUUUCGCAUGGCUUCCUCUCCCGCCCACGGGCCGCUUGCCGGGACCGCAAUGCGCMGCACUCUGCGMCCAUCUUCACRAGUACUUGUCCUUCUAUGCACCACCAACUUCGCCGACGRAUGACGAGGUCGCGGUGGGGGAUAUYUUGGCAUAUGUUACCAAGGUGGYCCGCGAGUUUCGCACGCAGCGGUACGACGRCAWUAACGCACCGCUGAUGUAUGUCCGCAUCCAAGUUGGGCAAGCGUCYUGCAGCGCUUUGCUGGAUAGCGGCGCGACUCGCAACUUCAUGAGCCAAGCCUUUAUGCAAAGGGCUGGCCUCGGCGCGCAGGUUCGAAGGAAGGCAAACCCGACGGCGAUCAAGUUGGCGGAUGGAAAGACGCAGCAACUUCUCGACCGUUACAUGGAGGCUGUACCGGUGUACUUCGCACCUCAUGCAUGCGAACCGGUCACGUUCGACAUCUUGGACACGGACUUCGAUAUCUUCCUGGGAAUGCCUUGGCUCGCAAGUGCGGAUCACACGGUCAACUUUCACCAGCGGACUCUCACCGUUCGCGACGCCCUCGGCGCCGAGGUGCCGCGUACUAUUCCUCUUCCUCACCCUUCGAUCCGGUGCCAAGUCGUGACGGCCAAAUCGUUCCGGGCUACACGUGCAUAUGAGCAACCCGACGAGAUAGGCCUAUGUUUCUUGCGGACCGUCGUGGUAGCCGACUCUUCACCAUCGGACUUGUCUUCGGACCCCCGUGUGGUACGGCUGCUUGACGAGUUCGCCGMCAUCUUCGAGUCACCUACCGGUGUGGUGCCGGAUCGGCCGAUCUCUCACRAGAUCAUUCUUGAGGMCGGUGYYGUGCCGCCGAAAGGUUGCAUCUAUCGGAUGAGCGAGGAGGAACUGGAGGUCCUUCGCGCACAACUCGACGACUUGUUGGCCAAGGGCUGGAUCCGCCCUAGCAGCUCCCCAUAUGGAGCACCGGUUCUCUUCGUAAGGAAGAAGAACAAGGAUCUACGUUUGUGCAUCGACUACCGCAAGCUCAACGCGCAAACUGAAUGGCCGGAGCCGCGUAACGUCACGAAUGUCCGUUCGUUUCUUGGUCUUGCCGGCUACUAUCAGCGCUUCAUCAAGGGCUAUUCGAAGAUCGCGGCCCAUUUGACCAAGCUUCAAUGCGAGGAUCGACCGUUUGACUUCGACGAGGAUGCGUGGGAAUCCUUCUUGGCUCUUAAAGUUGCACUUUUGUCAGCGGAGGUCUUGCGGAUCUAUGACCCGCUAUUGCCCACACGCGUCACUACUGAUGCAUUCGGCUAUGGCAUUGGUGCAGUCCUCGAACAACACGAUGGCGUGGACUGGCACCCACUCGAGUAUUUCAGCAAGAAAGUGCCCGCCGUGCACUCUAUUGAUGAUGCACGAAAGGAGGAGUUAUUGGCAUUCGUACACGCACUCAAGCGCUGGUGGCAUUUCCUUCUUGGUCGACGGCAGUUCCGAUGGGUAACGGACAACAACCUGUUGGUCUUUUACAAGACCCAGGACACAGUCAACAACACCAUCGCCCGCUGGAUGACCUUCAUUGAGCAGUUUGAGUUUUUCCCCGAUCACAUUCCGGGCAAGUCGAACCGUUUUGCGGAUGCUCUCUCACGGCGUCCGGACCAUUGCACCGCAGUCUACUCGACUUUCGAGAUUGAUAACGACUUGCGGGACAAUUUUAUCCGCGGCUACCAGGCCGACCCCGAGUUUCGCGACAAGUACGCAAAUUGUUCCUCGCCCAAUCCGGCACCUUCUCACUAUCGGAUCCAGGAGGGAUAUUUGCUUGUCCACUCGCGGGGGAAGGAUCUUCUUUGCGUACCGAGUGACCCUCACUUGCGUACACGGCUUCUUGGCGAGUUCCACGAUGCUCCCGCCACCGGACAUUUUGGCAUCAAUCGAACGAUUGGCCGACUUCGCGAGCGAUUUUGGUGGCCCGGUCUUCUCGACGACGUCACACGCUACUGCGAGUCAUGCGAGAUUUGCCGACGUUGCAAAUCUCGCAAUCAUCGUCCGUAUGGCGAGUUGCGACCACUACCGGUUCCCUUGCGCCGACGGGAGGCGAUUGGCAUGGAUAUCACUGGGCCAUUCCCCAAGCACAAGACCGGUAUGGAUGGGAUUCUCACGGUAGUCGAUCGACUCACCAAGUUUGCCAUGUUUUUGCCUUGUCGCUAUCAUGCCAAGGCACCAGAGUUGGCCGAGGUUCUCAGCGCCGCUUGGAUUCGAACCAAGGGUUACCCCAAGGAAAUCGUCUGCGACCGCGACACUCGGUUCAUAUGGCAGAGGUUAAAGCAGUCGAUGCCUGAGGACGAGGAUCUGCAGAAGAAGGUUAGGAGGAAGUUCACCAGGUUGUGGUUGGUGAACGACUGUGAAGCCCUGGACGUCACUGGAUGUCCUGAAAAGACUGUCCGUGAAGGGUGUUCGUGUGUGCCGGUUCAGAAAAUCAAACUUCGGAUGAAGUUGGAUGGCAGCUUUGACAGCUUUAUCAGCAAUACCACUGCUCAAGCUAGGUUUGAAGAGGAACUUAUCUCCCAGCUGAAGUUGAAUUCCAGUCAGAUUACAAUCCAGUACGAUCCUGGGAGCAUUGUUGUGACUGCAACAAUCGUACCUAGCGGUGGAGCGAAAAACUUCGACUCUCGAACCAUGUACAAUAUCCAAGUUGCUGUCACUCAAGGGCUUCUUGUGUUCAGCGAUUUUGAUUCCUUCGCAAUUCUGGAGUUAUCAACGCCCCCGCUGGCGACUGCAGGUGCUAUCUGGUGGACGAGUCCGAUAAACCGAACACCCAUGAUGGCAACAGACCACAAGGGAAGGCUUGUCGCGUACACAAACCAGAACUCUGGGUUCACACUUUCAUGGAACGCUGCUCCUAGCAUGGCUUAUUUCUGCCGCCACAGUGUGAGAGGUUCAGGGUUCGAGGAGGAUUUGCAAUCCAUCAUGAUGCGCACUGUGCAAGAAACAGCGGCAGACUUCCAGUUGACGAAGUAUUAUGGCUUUCAAUGGCAGAAUUGCUCAAACAACUGGACAUCUCAGGGGGAAUUCAACUUUAAACGAGGAAACCUGCCUGAAGGAUACCAUACCUUCUCCAUGUAUGCAGUGGACAGCUUUGGCACAGUCCAGGCAACUGAGAACUAUUACUUCAAAAUGGACGUUGAGAAUGAGAACCUUCUCGUGGUCAGCAAUUGGAAUUGCAUAUUUGAAGACAUCAGUGCCACUGCCUCGAGGGCAUCUGAUAUGUGGUCCUACUGGAGCACAUGAUAGAGCUGCAGUUAAUAGACUCCUUCCGUUUCAUGUUCCAAGCAUAAAAGGGAGAUACUUGGCUCUCGACAGCGAGAGAUGGGGGAACUGCAGCCUGCCACCGGAGAUUAGACUUCGUUCUCAAUAGUCCACAGUGGAAUGAAGCCUUGCUGAACGU